AUGUGCGGAGACGCGGACGAGUGCGUGGCGGACCUGGCGGAGUUCCCCGCGCUGAGCGCGCGCAGCCGUUCCGCCAGCGCGCGGAAGCUCGCGUGCCUGGCGCACAACUACCUGCGCCCGUGGAUGGGCAUUCCGGGCAUCUCCGCGGGCAUGGGCGCGCGGGGAAUGAUCAAUCCCGCGAUGCUGCAGCAGAUGGGCACCAUGGCGAACGUCCUGUCUUGCGCGGGCCACGUGCGCAUCGUUCGCGGGAAGAUAUUCUUCCGAUUCGGCAACUUCGAGUUCGACUGGUACCGCCUCAGGCGAUUCGUCUUCUCCGUCAAGAUGAUUCAGGAUGCGAUACGCGAAUACAAGCUACACAACCUGAACGCGGAAUUCUUCCUCAAUACAUGCGACAUGUACAUUAGCAAAGCCAGCAGCGUCGCCAAGCCGCUAGCAGGGCUUCCCAUUUUCAGCGUGCACGGCGCACCAGGCAGCAUCGAUAUUCUUUAUCCUGACCCAGUCGACCUCAGCAGCAACUAUUUCCGGGAAGCAGAAGAUGAGAUUCCGUGGGAGCAGAAGGAGAGCCGAGCUGUGUUCCGAGGUGGCAUGACAAAUUACAAGGUCGUCUACCCCAAGCACUGGCGGGGCAGCCCUCGAUUCCGCGUGCACAGGAUGUCGGACGUUCGGCCGGACCUGCUGGAUGCCAGGGUAGUGGGGGGAGUGGACCCUGAGUACCGUGCAGGACUCCGGCAAGAUGCCAUCUCAUUCGGUAAACGCCUAGGCCCAUCAGACCUCCAGAGCUACAAGUACGAACUCGACGUGGACGGCGGCACGGGCAGUGGGCGAGUGUGCGGCGUGCUGGCGAGCAGUCAGAUGCUGAUCAAGCAGGCCAGCGAGUACACUCAGUUCUUCGACCCACUCAUGUGCCCGUUCCGGCACUUCCUGCCCACGCACCGGUUCUUCUCGGACCUGUUCGGGCAGAUUGAGUGGGCGAGGCGGAAUGAUGGCGAGGCGAGGCGGAUUGUUCGGCAAGCGAACGAGCUCGCCAGUGACGUGUGCACCUUUGAUGGCAGGCGCCUAUACUGGGCCAUCCUGCUGGCCAAAUACUCUGUCUCUGCACUAGAGGACAACCGCAACAUCACGCAGCCGGCACUGUUCACGUGCACUGCGCCGCCCACCCAAGGAGACGUGGACGGCCCCAAGAGCCAGACGAGGAGGCCGCCGCCCAGAUGGCCGCCCAGAUGUGACAGUGUGGACGCAGAGAGCCAGCCGCCUUGUACUCAUUAUUGCAUAGGGCCUCUGGAGGACGAGAGCAAGUGGAAGUGGCUAACUGUAGAUGCGCUUGAUGGCAUUGAGGUGUACAAACCUCACAACAAGCGCAUCAACUUCCAAGAUAUGCUCCCGUCGCUCUACAUCUCUUCUUCUCACAGUAACCAUCGCGUUGCUCUCGCGCUCAUAUUGAAUCGCCUUUCCGUCGCCCUUCCUCCCCCUCCUAUCACCCACUUCGUCGCCGUCACGCGCGCCUCAAAUCGCCCACCCUCGCCCCUACCGUCGCCAUCACCCUCGCGAUCUCCUCUCACAUCCCGUCGCCUUUCCUCUCUUGUUGCCCUUCCUCACUCCUGUCGCCAGUUCGCUAUCCCGUCGCCCUUCCUCUCUCUCGCCGCCCUUCCUGUCUCCCGUUGCCCUUCCUCCCCUGUCGCCCUUCUUCUCUCUCUCCUCCCGCCGCCCUCGCGUCUCAUCGCGAUCGCGUUCCCACCACACUCCCGUCACCCUCCGUCCUCGAUCCUGUGGCCUCGCUCUCUCCCAUCCCUUUCCGCCGCCCUCACUCUCUCCCCUGCCAUUCCGUCGCCCUCGUUCUCUCCCCUCCCUUUCCGCCGCCCUCGCUCUCUCCCCUCCCUUUCCGUCGCCCUCGCUCUCUCUCAUCCCUUUCUGUCGCCCUCGCUCUCUCCCCUCCCUUUCAGUUGCCCUUGCUCUCUCCCCUCCCUUUCCGUCGCCCUCGCUCUCUCCCCUCCCUUUCCGUCGCCCUCGUUCUCUCCCCUCCCUUUCCCUCGCCCUCGCUCUCUCUCAUCCCUUUCCGUCGCCCUCGUUCUCUCCCCUCCCUUUCCGCUGCCCUCAUUCUCUCCCCUCCCUUUCCACCGCCCUCGCUCUCUCCCCUCCCUUUCCGUCGCCCUCGUUCUCUCCCCUCCCUUUCCGUUGACCCUUGCUCUCUCCCCUCCCUUUCCGUCGCCCUCGCUCUCUCCCCUCCCUUUCCGUCGCCCUCGUUCUCUCCCCUCCCUUUCCGUUGACCCUUGCUCUCUCCCCUCCCUUUCCGUCGCCCUCGCUCUCUCCCCUCCCUUUCCGUCGCCCUCGCUCUCUCUCAUCCCUUUCCGUCGCCCUCGCUCUCUCCCCUCCUUUCCGUCGCCCUCAUUCUCUCCCCUCCCUUUCGUACUUGCUAUCUCCCCUAGCAUUCCCGAUGGUUCACAUGUUGUUAUUGCCGCCCUAGCAGGCCUAUGUCUAAGGCCUUAG